ACAUCACUUUCGCAUAAUUUGAAAAAUAAACCUGAGAUAAAAAUAGAUGCCGAUCCUAAAAAUACGCUAGAUGGGGCUGUCGAUACUUUAUUGAUGAGCACAUGGUUACAUAAGAAACAAAAUGUAAAAUGGUGGAAAUUUGAAGAACUUACUUACAAUACUUCUAGAGAAUACAUUUUUGAUGACUACUUCAAACAUUUUCAUAGCGUGUUUGCAACAAAUACUAAUUGCACGAGGAAGAAACAGGAAGUGAUGUAUUUUUGGUCAGUUUUGAUGUACUGUGGUACUUUUGAGUAUACAAGAGUUAGACAUUAAGAGGAAUACGAUAUUUUCAAAUAAGCAACUGUGUGUCAUGUACCUAUCGACAAACAACAUACAUAACAUACAAAAGUAAAACAGAAUAAUGGCAGAAUCGAUAAAACAGUCACAAGAAACUAAUAAAACAAUAUCAUCUGAAGAAAUACAUUUCCUACGAAUAGCAAACUUGCUUAUCACGAUUGCCCCAUCUGCGGUCAGAGUUAAAUUUGACAAAGAAUUUCACCCAGACGUACUGCAGAAAACACUACAUCAGGAAAGAUUUAAGAUGUUGGAGUCUUUAAAAAAGCGAAAUAUUUUAACACAAAUACAAUGGGACCUAAUGUUUCCUAAAUCAGGAACAACUUCAUCUUCAACCUUUGACCUAACAUUAAUGAUAAGUCUGAUAAGACAUCUGACACCUAUACCAGUAGGGGAUAUUCUACCUCUGACGACAGACAUAAGUGAAGGUGCAGAUCUUUCAAGAUUAAAAUAUUAUAGGAACAAAAUUUCGCACAGUGGCACUGGUAUCUUAUCAGAAACAGAUUUUCAUCAAUGGUGGACAGAUAUUUCGGAGGCAAUUCAAAGACUAAGUAAGGAUCGGUUUAAACAGACUUGCAAUGACCUAAAAUAUGCCAAACUGGAUCAGAAUGACAAAGAAAUACCAAAUGAGAUCAGGAACAUUGCAAAGACUAAUGACUCUAUCACAAAAGGUGUACAAAAACUUCUUGAGAUGAAAAUACAAGAAUGGGAAAGCGAAAAGAUAGUGAAAACAAGAGCUAUAAAAGAAUUGAUUCAUUUGUUGACAUACAACAAUAUCGUCUUGGUAACCGGGACAUUUGGCUGUGGGAAAUCUUCUGCUCUUCAUUAUGUUGCUUUACAGUUCCAUCAUGACAAAGCAUACGAUAUAAUUCCAGUGUGUAAUCCUGAAGAAAUAAAACAGUAUUUUAAUCCGGACUGUAAACAGAUGUUUGUUAUUGAUGAUGCAUGUGGAACAUAUAGCAUCGAUAUUUGUAAGGUAAAUCGAUGGAUUGACAUCUCAAACGAUAUUUUAUCGAUGGUUUUAAGCAGUGACAUAAAAAUUAUAGCAUCAUGUCGUACUCACAUUAGUCAAGAUCGGUUAUUUAAAAGGAAUAAAAUUCUAUUGGAAGUGGAAUGUGACAUGAUAUCAGAGAAAUUAUGUUUAACAGAAAAAGAGAGAAUGUUAAUUGGAAAUAUAUUUCUAUCUCACCAUGAUCUGCAAGUGCUUAAAACAUCAAAUGAAAAUUUAAUUACAAAGUACCUUUUCUUCCCGCUUCUUUGUAAUCAAUAUCAAAAACAAAAAUCAUUAGAUAUUGUAAAGUUUUUUUCAAACCCGGAUGAAGCUAUACGAAAUGAAUUAAUUAGGUUAUUUGACGCUCAAGAUCAGAAAACCAUUGCAACAUUAAUAGUAUUCAUUGUAUAUAACAAUCGUGUACAUAAAACGGUAUUAAAUAAAUUCUCAGGAAUAAAGAUUUUUCUUGAGGACAUUUCUGAUCAUCUACAUUUGCAAUCAUCGUUUUCAAUUCAAGUUCUCAAGUCCGAGAUACACAAUCUUAAAAAGACGUAUGUUCAGAAACAUGGAGAGACCUACCGUAUUGACAGUGAAAAAGUAUUUGACAUAUUAGUGGCUUUUUGCGGUGAAAAAAAAUUUGACCUCAUUCUUGACAUUGCUGAUGCAGAUAUCAUUCGUGAUCGUUUUCUGUUGAAAGUUAUGACAAAAACUAUUGAAAAUGUAUCAUUACAAGAUGUCAUCCAUGUCGAUGAAAAGAACGAAAGAAAAUAUUUUGACCGAUUGUUAAAAGAUAUUGAAAAUGGUUUUAUCGAAAAGGUCUUUUCAAAUCGAAACUUAAACAGCAGCUUAGUUCGUAAACAGUUUGUAGAAUACAUUAAAGGAAAAGUAGACUUUAAAAAAGUUUUAACUCAUUUGCCACAACAAAAACUAUAUUCACUGUUGUUAUCAAUGCUUCACCAAGGUUAUAGUGAAUUGGUUCCCAUGUUGCUUACAAAAGACAUCAAUUACAAUCUUACUAACUGGAAUGGUGAUACACCACUGUAUACAGCAUCAUAUAAAGGAUAUACCAACAUUGUAAAAUUACUUUUAGAAAAUAAUGCCAAUCCAAAUAUCUCAACUUGGAUAUGUCAAAAGCCGCAAAACAACGUCAAACUGAAAUAUCAGCAUGACUUUGAUGAUAAGAGUAGACGACACCAUUCCGACCGAGGUGAAGUUGAAAGUCCUAACUGGGCAACUUUACGUAAAAGAAAGUGUUCUUUAGAUGGACUGUUUGAUGGAAGUGUGUUUCAAAUACCUCAUCAUAUCAUCAGACGAUACCAAGUGACAUCACUUUAUAUAGCUUCAAAGGAGGGCUACUUCGAUAUUGUAAGGUUAUUGCUAGAAUAUAAAGCUGACCCUAAUGUCAUUUGUGAUAGGGACAAGGUUAGUCCAUUGAUUGUUUCAUCUCGAAAAGGUUAUACAAGUAUAGUUAGAUGGCUUUUAUUGUACCGAGGUGAUCCUAAUGGAACUUCCUGUGAUGCGUCUAAAACUACUCCAUUGUAUGAAGCUUCAUCGGAGGGUCAUACUGCCAUAGUAAAAUUACUAUUAAACCAUAAUGCUGAUCACAGUAGGAGAUGUACUUGGAAAGAAGAUACUGCCAUGGAUAGGGCAGUGUGCAAUAAUCGUAUAGGUGUAGUUGAAGAACUAUUAAAGCACAAGGUUGAUUGUACUAUAUCAAAAGGAGACACAAAAAUACCACUGUUUGUUGCUGUAGAAAACAAUUAUAAGGAAAUCAUAGAUUUGAUGUUAAAUUUAAGCUCAGAUGUUCACAUUCGAGAUAAAUUCAAUACAAUACGUUUAUAUUUAGCAUCCAAAAACGGGGACUUAAGAACAGUUCAAGAACUUUUGAACCAAAACGUUGACCCUGGAAAUGAAUACAAUAUAUCGUCCUUGUAUAUCGCCUCCUAUGAAGGUCAUGUGGAUAUUGUUAGGUUAUUAUUGGACAAAAACAUUGAUACCAAUAUUGUAAAUAAGGAAAAUGAAUCCGUCCUUUAUGUAGCCGUAAGUAGAGGUCAUACUGAUAUUGUAAAAAAAUUGUUAGAACACGGCUGUAAUCCUAAUAUUUGCAAUAUUGACAAUGAAACACCACUACAUAUUGCGACAUGUUUGGGACAUACGGAGAUUGUUAAAUUAUUGUUAAUUCACAAAGGAGAUCUAAAUGUGUAUAACAACGAACACCAAACACCACUUAUCAUUGCGGCAACACUCGGUCGCGUUAAAAUUGCAAAUUUAUUAUUAGAAUAUAACUGUGAUGUAAAUAUAAGUAACAAUGAAAAUGAAACCCCACUUUAUAUAGCAUCUUGUAGAGGAGACAUAACCAUUGCAAAAUUAUUAUUGAAUUACAAUUGCGACCUUUCGAUCAAUAACAAGUACAACGAAUCUCCUCUAGUAAAAGCAAAGAGUUAUGGUCAUCUUGAAAUUGCUGAGAUGUUGUCCGAAAAACUCAAUAUUAAUAACGUCUUUUACAAAACUUAAUAUUGGAAAUAAUUGUAAAUAUUUCUUUUAAUAUUUUUCAAUAUUAUUAUGUAGAAAAGUUUAUAUGAUAUGGUUAGUUUUCUCGUUUGAAUUGUUUUACAUUGUCUUAUCGGGGCCUUUUAUAGCUGACUAUAUGUGGUAUGGGUUUUGUUGCUCAUUGUUGAAGGCCGUACGGUGACCUCUAAUUGUUUAUGUUUGUGCAAUUUUGGUCUUUUGUGGAUAGUUGUCUCAUUGGCAAUCAUACCACAUCUUCUUUUUUAUAUUUACGUUUGUCAAAUUAAAUUAUACAGUUGAGACCCUUGUUUGUGUGUGAGUAAUGAUAAAGAGAGUGACAGACACAUAAAAAGUAAAAUGAUAAAAUACCAAGCCCCAAUGAAAACUCAGAUUAGAAAGCCCUUUAUCAAAUGGCAAAAUAAAAUUUCCAAACACAUUAAACUAAUAGAAAACUACCAUUAUAUUCCUGACUUGUUACAAAAUUUCCGAAUGUAUAUGUAGAAAAUAGUGGAUUUAACCUUGUUUUACAGCUGAUUAUCGUGAGAAAUAUUUUUGCUUCUUUUUAUGAACUACUGAAUUUGUAUAUUAUUAUUACAUAUGUAUUAUGAUACCCUCAUUUAAAUCCUCGCAGGUUAAAUAUUUUUUUUGGUGUGUACAUAUUAAAUAUGGAGAUUGAUGGGUACUAUCGGAUUUGUCUCUCUUGUUGUGUGGAGGCAUCAUGCUUGUAUGCUAUCUCACU